CCACUGAGGGGGAAGAGGCCGGCUUUGGGAGUUUGGCAGGAGACUGAGCACUGGGUGACUUCACAGGAAACAGGCUCUUCCCAGCCCGCAGCCCUGGGGCCUCGCAACCACAGACACCCCCGGCACAGGCGCUUUGGGCUGAAUAAUCCUUCGCUUCUUACCUCCUUGGUCACUGCCUGCAGGAUCGGAUUUCACUUCCUUCUGGACUGUCCAAUCCUCAUUUUCCUGAUCUGUUUAAAAGAAGAACCGGAGAAGAGAAAUCCUCAUUUCCAAGCCUGGAAGGGGAAAGCGAAAUAACCUCAAGCCCGCUGAGAAAAAAAAUCUUUGCAAGAAAUUUCUUCAGAGAUUUCACGCAGAUGAUUUAUAAAAUGAAGAAAGAACACGCUUUUUUGGCUUCCAUAUGUCUGCUGCUGAGUCUCACCCCUGCUGCUCUAACUUCUGACUUUGAGGAAGAUGAGGAUUAUGUAGAUCCAACAGUGGAUCCGAAAGUGGCAGGACGGAAACCGGUGUUCACGUUUUGUGCCAUGAGGGCAGAUGAUGGGCCGUGCAAAGCACUGAUGAAGAGAUUUUAUUUCAAUAUUUUAACUUUUGAGUGUGAAGAAUUUAUAUAUGGAGGAUGUCAAGGAAAUGAGAAUCGAUUUGAUAGUGUGGAGGAGUGCAAAGCAACGUGUUUAGAAGAAUUUUCACCACUGAAGAAGUCGACUUUGGAAAAAGGAAAACCAGAUUUAUGCUUUUUGGAAGAUGAUGUUGGAAUCUGUCGAGCUUAUAUUACCAGAUACUUUUAUAACAAUCAGACAAGACAAUGUGAGCCUUUCGCAUAUGGUGGAUGCCUAGGCAACCUAAACAACUUUGAGUCCCUGGAAGAAUGCAAGAGCACCUGCGACCUUCCAAUGAGUGAUGUCCAGGUGGAUGGUCAUAGAACCACACCUGCUCCACUUGUUACCAAAAACACCAAGUCUCUAACCUCCCAAUCCACCAAAGCUUCCAGUAUUUGGGAAUUCUACGGACCUUCAUGGUGUCUCACCCCCGCCGACAAAGGAUUGUGUCGAGCGAAUGAAACCAGAUACUUCUACGAUGCAGUUACUGCAAAGUGCCGUCCGUUUAAUUACAGUGGAUGUGGGGGAAACGAAAACAAUUUUGCCUCUAAAAGAGCAUGUGUACGGGCAUGUAAAAAAGGUUUCAUCAGAAGAAAAUCAAAAGAAGGGCUAAUUAAAACCAAAAAGAAAAGAAAGAGGCCAAGAGUCAAAGUAGGGUAUGACUAUUAUGUUAGAAAAAUAUAAAUCUGUUAUACUAUUAGAAUAGUAAUUCUCCUAAAUAUUUACACGAAGUAUUUCACUAUAACAGAUUUCCUUUGCUAAAAUACAUUGAAUGACCAUGUUCAUGUUAUAAGUCUCUAAGGUUCUACUACUCCCAAGUACUAGCUAGUAAUACAUACACAUCAGAGAUCCUUUUCUAACCUGGUCCAGUUGCUUAUUCUAGGUCUAGUUUAUUAACUGUCUACUGUGAAUUUAUUUUUUUCUUGAUCCUAACUAUUGCCAUUUUAAUACUCCACUGUCACAUUCCUAGCCAUAUAGUCCUUUUUCUCCAUUUGGUGACCAUGUAUUUGAGAAUAUGUUGUCACUUAUUCACCAACAAUCAUGCAUGUAAUGACAUCCGUUAUAGCCUAUGACCAGGAUAAGAAAUGUGACUCUUAAGAAACAAGCGAUUUUGGGUUUCACUUCUAAAAUGGUGACAAACACCUGCUUCUGAUGACUAUCACUCAAUUUUGCAUAUAGAGAGAACAGAUAACAAUACAAUUCUCUUUAGUGCUUCCAGGCCUACAUAUGUUUUGUUUUCUCUCUUUGUACCAACCAAUACCUCCGGGAAUAUUGAGCCAAACCCUCCUUGAACAAAGAAUAUUCAACUUUGCAUUAUGUGUCUGCCUGAUUUUGAUUGGCUCAACUCUGGUGGGGGAGGUGCCUGAUUACGGCCGGUACAUCAGGCGAGGUGGUGAACUACUGUGUUAAAUACAGCGAAGAAACAUGGAAACAUUUCAUUAAAAGGAAAUUCAUUGUAUGUCCUUCCUAAUUUUGUACUUUUUGACAAAAUUUCCUCUGACCAAAAAUAGCAAGAAUAUUAAAAACUGCCUGAAUCUAUAUUUAACCUUUUAUGUUUUGCACAAAUCAUAACCAGUAAUUAAUGUUCAAAGAACAUGCUUAUUCCUCUAGAAGAGCUAUUACCCUGGUGGAAGAUUCUACUGGAAAAUCUGUGUCCCGUUCACUCGGGGUUUUCAUUAACAUUUCUCUGGCAUUUAUCUUUCCUUCGCCACUGACCACGUGCAACCGCUCAAUUCAGCAGCCACCUGGACACUGAGUUUACUUAGUGCUCAGCUCAUACAUACAUCCGAACUUGACAUUUAGAAAAAA